AGUUCGUUGUUUGCCCCAGUCGCGAGCGGACGUCUGCGGCCGGAGAUCGCCCCAGAUACACAAGGCAAAAAGACCCCGAGAGCAGGAGAUCUUGGCAAGUGAAGCGGACGGAAUCGGAAUCGGAAUCGAUCGAUUGGCGAUCUCGUUUAAAUUCGAAACGCGGGCCGAUCUAGUCUGAUCGGAGAUCUCCACCAGAACUGACGUUGUGCGAUAUCAUAGGAUAUAAGCUCGUAGUCUAGGUGAUAUCCAACACUUGCACUGGCUGAUUAGAGCCGGUCUCUGGGGUGCAUAGAACGUAGGAAGUCGGAAUAAAACGCAACAAAGCCGAGCAUAUAACCUGUUUCUGAUCCGUCUAAAUUGCAUCCAAAAUGUCCCAAAUGCCAGAGACUACGUUUGCCGACCUGAGUCUGGCUGAUAAGACUGCUGUAAAAAAAUCCAGUAUAGAAGCUCGACGAUUUUCAGAUGUGUCAACCUGCUCAUUCAGCUCAACCUGUUUUACGGGAAGCUCCGACGAGGAUGAGAUCUCGCCGAAGGACAACCAGCAGCGCAACUCCGCCGGCGGGACCGACUUUUGCGUGAAGAGCAUUUCGAAGAGCGCCUUUGGAAGGCGGGAGAUCGAGAUCGCGGAGUCGGAGAUGCCGGGCAUCAUGACGCUGCGGAAGCGGGCCAAGGAGGAGAAGCCCCUGAAGGGAGCCCACAUUGUGGGAUGCACCCACAUAAAUGCCCAGUCUGCUGUGCUGAUCGAGACAUUGAUCCAACUGGGCGCCACCGUUCGCUGGGCGGCCUGCAAUAUUUACUCCACCCAGAACGCUGUGGCCGCUGCCCUGGCGGAGGCGGGAAUUCCCAUCUUCGGGUGGCGCGGCGAAACGGAGGAGGAGUUCUGGUGGUGUCUGGACAGGGCCAUCCACUCGGAGGGCUGGCAGCCCAACCUCAUCCUGGACGAUGGCGGCGAUGCCACGCACCUGAUGCUGAAGAAAUAUCCGGACUACUUCAAGGCCAUCCGGGGCAUCGUGGAGGAGAGUGUGACCGGGGUUCACCGAUUGUACAUGCUGUCCAAGGGGGGAAAGCUCACUGUUCCGGCCAUCAACGUCAACGACUCGGUCACCAAGAACAAGUUUGAUACCUUCUACACGUGUCGUGACUCCAUACUCGACAGUCUGAAACGUACCACGGACAUUAUGUUUGGUGGAAAGCAGGUGGUGAUCUGUGGCUACGGAGAUGUUGGAAAGGGCUGUGCCCAGUCGCUGAAGGGUCAAGGCUGCAUCGUUUACAUCACAGAGGUGGAUCCAAUAUGUGCUCUACAAGCUUCCAUGGACGGAUUCCGGGUGGUGCGGCUCAACGAAGUCAUUCGGAACGUAGAUGUGGUGGUCACGGCAACGGGUAACAAAAAUGUAAUCACCCGGGAUCACAUGAAUCGGAUGAAAAACGGAUGUAUACUCUGUAAUAUGGGCCAUUCUUGUUCGGAAAUUGAUGUGAAUGGAUUGCAUACCCCGGAGCUUACGUGGGAGCGAGUCCGUUCCCAAGUUGACCACAUUAGGUGGCCAGAUAAUAAAAUGAUAAUUCUGCUGGCCGAGGGAAGACUAGUGAAUCUCUCAUGCUCAACUAUUUCUUCGUUUGUCGUAUCCGUUGCCUCAUCCACUCAAGCUCUGGCCCUGAUUGAGCUUUUCUCAGCGCCAGGAAGAUAUAAAUCGGAUGUAUAUUUGCUGCCAAAAAAAAUGGACGAGUACGUAGCGAGCUUGCAUUUGGCCACUUUCGAUGCUCAUCUCACGGAGCUCACGGACGAGCAGGCCAAGUUUAUGGGCUUGAACAAGGCCGGGCCUUUCAAAGCCAAUUACUACAGAUAUUAAUCAGUUUUUAAUGUUUUAUCCUGUUAUUCUUGCUCUGAAAU